GUGUACCCGGGGGGGAAGGACCCUCAGGUGAGAAAAGGCGGCGCACAGAAGAAAGACUGGCAUGACUAUGAAAGGAUCAGGAGAGACGCGUCUCGAUCAGGUAACGGUGAGCAGGGGAAACCGUUUCCUCUGACAGACGCUGACCGGGUGGACCAGGCCUACAGGGAGAACGGCUUCAACAUCUUCGUCAGCGACAGGAUCUCAUUGAACCGCUCCGUCCCGGACAUCCGCCAUCCAAACUGUAAACAGAAGCUGUACGCAGAGAAGCUGCCCAACACCAGCAUCAUCAUCCCGUUCCAUAACGAGGGCUGGUCGUCGCUGCUGAGGACGGUCCACAGCGUGCUGAACCGCUCACCCCCACAGCUCAUCGCAGAGAUCAUCCUGGUGGACGACUUCAGCGACAAAGAGCACCUGAAGGAGGCGCUGGAGGAGUACAUGACCCGGAUGGCCAAGGUUCGGAUCCUGAGGACCAAGAAGAGGGAGGGUCUGAUCCGGACCCGGCUGCUGGGAGCCUCCUCGGCUAAAGGCGAGGUCAUCACCUUCCUGGACUCUCACUGCGAGGCCAACAUCAACUGGCUGCCUCCUCUGCUGGACCGGAUCGCCCAGAACAGGAAGACCAUCGUGUGUCCCAUGAURGACGUCAUCGACCACGAUAACUUUGGUUACGGCACGCAGGCGGGGGACGCCAUGCGGGGGGCCUUUGACUGGGAGAUGUACUACAAGAGGAUCCCCAUUCCUCCUGAGAUGAAGAGGGACGACCCGACCGAACCGUUUGAGUCUCCGGUCAUGGCCGGUGGGCUGUUUGCUGUGGACAGGAAGUGGUUCUGGGAGCUGGGAGGGUACGACACAGGUCUGGAGAUCUGGGGAGGAGAACAGUAUGAGAUUUCCUUCAAGGUGUGGAUGUGUGGUGGACGGAUGGAGGACAUCCCGUGCUCCAGGGUGGGACACAUCUACCGUAAAUACGUCCCCUACAAGGUUCCUGGUGGGAUCAGUUUGGCAAAGAACCUGAAGCGGGUGGCAGAGGUCUGGAUGGACGAGUACGCGGAGUACGUUUACCAGCGCCGGCCCGAGUACCGCCACCUGUCUGCAGGAGACAUGACGGCUCAGAAGGAGCUGCGCAGCCGGCUGAGCUGCAGGAGCUUCAGGUGGUUCAUGCAGGAGGUGGCCUGGGAUCUGCCCAGACACUACCCAGCCGUGGAGCCCCCCGCUGCCGCCUGGGGGGAGAUAAGGAACGUAGGAAGUGGGAUGUGCAUGGAGAUCAAACACUUUGUGUCGGGGAGUCCCAUCCGCCUGGAGAACUGCGUGAAGAGCCGCGGUGAGGCGGGCUGGAGCCACGGACAGGUGUUGACCUUCGGUUGGAGGGAGGACAUCCGGGUGGGAGACCCCAUGCACACGAGGAAGGUGUGUUUUGARGCCGUGUCCCACAGCAGCCCCGUCACGCUGUACGACUGCCACGGCAUGAAGGGCAACCAGCUGUGGCGCUACAGGAAGGACAGGAGUCUGUUCCACCCGGUCAGCAGCAGCUGCAUCGACAGCAGCCCGAGCGAGCGGCGCGUCUUCAUGAACACGUGUGACCCCGCCUCCCCCAGCCAGCAGUGGCUGUUCGAGCGGACCAACGCCACCGUGCUGGAGCACUUCAACCGGGGCGCCUGAGGUCAGCGAGCUGCCAGACCAAGUGUCUUCCAACAAACUGAUCCUGAACCAGUGAUCGCAUUUGUUCAGAUAAAAAUGGAAGUUUGGAUGAGAAACGGUGCUGCCUCUCAAACGUUCCCCUCGGUGCAGCGGUGAUCCGGCCCCCCCACCCCCCAGGCUGACAGCUGAGGAGCUGGUUGGACCGAACGCCUCGAUGCCCAGAAUCCAAUCAUACGGCUGGAGCUCGUGAUGGGGAAGGAGGGUGGGACGACCCUGGUGACAUCAGGCUGGCCUGUGGACACCCUGAAGARUUAAAGCUUUAAGGACUCGGACCUCAGAAACUUACAGGAGGCAAAGAUUUAUAAAGAAGCACUUUUUCUUGUCGGUGUCGGUCUGUCCUCACAGACUGCUGGACUGGUCGACUUCCUUCCUGGAGUUUUUUAACGUUGGCAUGUUUUUCACUCYAGACUGAAAACUGGUCCUGUUUCUGCUUUCCCAAGCAGCCACAUCUUGUAAAGAUUCAUCCUAAGAGUUGAAAUUAGAUUUUUUAUUUAAUAAUAAAAACAAAAAUCACACAAA